AUCUCGCCAGGUUUGUCUCGUUCGUCGGGUCGGUGGCCCCCAGCGCCGAAUCCUUCCUGCAGACGGGUUGUGCUGAUGCGCUCUUCACCCAUGACACCCGGCUGAUCGCACUUUGAUCUUGUCCAGCACAUUCGCAUCGGUUCUCCGCAUCCUGCCCAACGAAACAUGAAGUUCAGUCUCGCUAUCUCUGCUGUCGCGGUGCUCGGCCUUGUUGCACCUGCCAUGGCAAAGUUCUGGGAUGUCCCGGCCCUGCUCACUCCCGAGGGCGACAUCACACCCAAGGCGCCCAACUAUGUCGAGAGCUCUCUUCCCCACGAUGUCUACCUCGCGUACCUCGACGGCUGCAAGGAGAUCCCAACCCCAAUCACAAACGAAUCUGCCAACUUUGGCACGGCUAUCUUUGAGCUGCUGCUGACCAACCUGACACUCUCCGUCUCGCUGAGCUUCAGCGGCGACCUCGGCAACAUCACCAAGCUCCAUCUGCACGGCCCAGCCAACGACUCCUCUACGGCACCACCCAUCUAUGAUCUGCUCGAGUCCAAGCCGCGACUUGUCAGUCCCAUCGCUGUCCAAGUCGCCCUCAACGAAACCACCUGGGACUACCUGGUGCGCGGACUCCUGUACAUCAACAUCCACAACGAUCUCCAUCCUGACGGCGCCCUCCGUGGCCAGGUUGGAUGCGUUUCCUCUUGCCGUGUGCCCCACGGCAGCAGUAGCGACGAUAUCCGGUUCUUUGCUUAUGAAACGUGCAACCCAGAUCGCCGUCUCCCUGGUUUCUAAUCCGUCCGCCCCGUCGAGCUGCUUUGCAUAUCUCGCUCGGAUACAUAGCAGGCACACUUUCACAGCUUUGUUUCAGUUGCCACCGCUGCUGUUGUGACCGGCGGUGCGAUUCGGUGAUUUCCUAUUGUAUAAAUACAUCCUUCGUCUCCAACGUUCUUGCCUCCGACAC